AUGGACAAAGAGACCAAGGCCGCCGACCGCGUGAAGGCGGACAAAGCAGACAAGUCGGAUGCGAAGAAUCGCGACAGAGACCACAGAACACCCACGACCGCUUCCAAGAGCCCCAAGAAACGCCGCAAGGAGAGGCCAUGUACAAGGUGUAUUAAACGUAACAUUGGCCACCUUUGCCAUGACGAGCCCCGUGACGCCGACGCCAAGAAGACGAGAAAUGGCAAGACUCCCUCAGCUCCUGUGGAGGAGUCUGACACCCAGUCACAAGAACCAUCAGACGUGGCCCGUAGUUCGAUAUCAAGCAACAUGGGCCCACCGGCAUUCGACGGCAUGCGGCAGCGCUCUGCAUCAGGAUUCAGCACUGGUGGUGUUCUCGGUCAGGGAAAUGCGAUGCCAUUGGUAACACCGAGUGCCAGCUCGGGCUUACAAGGAAACGGCCUAAACAGCAGCGGCACGGGCAAUGCGAAUCAAUUCUCCGGCAUCUCGGAUGCUUGGCUCACAGCGCAGAGUUUCAAUGAUAUGAGCUCCUAUAAUCCAAACUACAUGAUCGCUCCGCAUGUCACACAUGAAUUCAAUCUGCUCAACGAUUUCCUCCACAACGGCUUGUUGGAUGAUGAUAAUCUGACUGGAGACGAGACUAGGCAACUUACGGCUCUUGGGCGAUCAGGACAGUCCGACAUGCCGUCAGGCUUUGGAAACACUGCUGGCUUAUCCACAGGCGGCGGGUCAGCACAGUCCACCAACGUGCGAGGAAACCUAAUGCCGCCACCACCAAGCGAGGGCAAAGGGGGGAGAAGGUCACCAAGCUCGACUGCCGACAAGACACGUGAGUAUUAUCUCCAGGCUGCCGAUCCAUCCGGAAACGAUACAGCUGAAGAUCGUAUGGCCCGUGUUCUCCGCGCCAAAAUUGAUGCGGGUCUGCUGAAGCCCUUCAACUACAUCAACGGGUAUGCCCGUCUGGGCCAAUACCUGGAUGGCCAUAUAGCACCGUCCUCGAAGCAAAAAAUUCUGCGAACCAUCAACCAAUUCCGACCGAAAUUUAGAGAAAAGGCACAGGGACUGACGGACAUGCAACUCAUCAUCGUGGAGAUGUGGUUCGAGAAGCAGUUGAUGGACUACGACCGCGUAUUCGCGUCCAUGGCUGUUCCCGCGUGCUGCUGGAGGAGAACGGGAGAAAUUUUCAGGGGAAACAAGGAGAUGGCCGAGCUCAUCAACGUCCCCGUAGACCAACUACGAGACGGCAAAAUUGCUUUGCAUGAGAUUCUGACUGAAGAAUCUAUGGUUCGAUACUGGGAAGAAUUUGGCACUAUUGCCUUCGACCCUGCACAUGAUACAUUAUUAACGGCAUGUUCAUUGAAGAAUCCGAGCGAUGCGUCAGAUCACCCUGUUGCAAAGUGUUGCUUCUCUUUCACGAUUCGGCGUGAUGACCAUAAACUGUGA